CAAAGGUUUGGUUUUUGGCCAUUUACCUUGCAUUCUAGAGGAAUUGUUUUAGAGACAUUACUGUCUCCUUCUUUUCCUACUGCAAAUUUGUAAGUUCCACCAGUAAAUACUGCCUCCCUCAGAAAAACUGCCAGCCUCAGAAUGCUACAGGUUAAUCGAAGCCGGACUUAAAUCCUGUUUCCAAGCACAAAUGCUAAGAUUUUACCUAUCAAUCAUUUUCAACAUGAAUAUUAUUCGGAGAUUCCUCUGGCAGCUAGUUUUGGGGCAUAUGCAUUUGGUUUUGAUUCCCCAGGAAAUUCUGCUGUGCAGCAUCAAUCAUCAAGCAAUCGUUCUUGUAAUGUACGCACAGAUGCGGACUUUUCUCGCCUACAAUGCAAGACUUCUUCUGACAAAAAAGAAAAAUUCGUCCCUCGGUGAUGGCAGAUCCUGUUGCGAGGUCACCUCCAGCGAAUUUGUAUAGCAUUCUUGGAAUCUCCAAAGCUGCAUCCCUUGCAGAUAUUAGCAAGGCCUACAAAUCUUUGGUUAUGAAAUGGCAUCCCGAUAGAAAUACAUCCAAUAAAGCUGAAGCUGAAGCCAAGUUCAGCACCAUCAACGAAGCCUACAGGGUUCUGAGUAGCAAAAAACGAGAGGAAAUAAAUGGACCCAGUCAUGAUGAUCCAAAAACACCGGAAAAUUCAUAUCACCAUCGAUCCUCCUCGGAUGAUGAUGAACAAUUCGUGAUUUCCAGCCCUACGCUGCUUUCCAGCACAAGCACCCGCAUCACCCCUACAGGCACUCCAAGGUCGUCGGACGGUUCGAGCCACAGGGGAAUCUACAACGGUGCUCCUUCGCCCAGAAAUUUCUAUGGCCAUUCGAGAAGUCCCAACGGGACUGAUACCCCAUCAACCCCGACCACCCCAGAGCCACCCCUCGUUUCUUUAUCAAAAAUAACCAGCAAAAGAGCCACAAACCCCAUUAUUUAUUCACAGACUACAGCUCGGAGGAAAGCUCAGCCCAUACAGAAGAAGCUCGAAUGCACGCUGGAGGAGUUAUGCCACGGAUGUGUCAAGAAGGUCAAGAUAACCAGAGAUGUCAUCUCAAAUGCAGGGAUCAUUGUUCAAGAAGAGGAAAUACUGAGGAUCAAAGUAAAGCCAGGGUGGAAGAAAGGAACGAAGAUCACAUUCGAAGGGAAGGGGGACGAGAGACCGGGAAUGCAUCCAGCGGAUAUAAUCUUCAUAAUCGAUGAGAAAAGACACCCCCUUUUCAAGAGAGAAGGUGAUGAUUUGGAGCUUGGAGUUGAGAUCCCCUUAGUUCAGGCUUUGACAGGAUGUACAAUUUCUGUUCCUUUACUAGGAGGGGACCAAAUGGAUUUAUCCAUAGAUGAUAUAAUAUUCCCAGGGUACGAGAAAAUCAUUCCCGACCAAGGCAUGCCCAUUUCUAAACAACAUGGUAGGAGAGGAGACCUUCGGCUCAGGUUCCUUGUUGAAUUUCCGACAGAUUUGAGCAAACAACAGCGCUCGGCAGUCGUUCGUAUUCUAGAAGAUUGUUGUUGAUAUCAGCAAGACCUGUGUCGUUGUUCCUCUGGUCUUUAGCAGAAUUAAUCAGUUUGCCUCACAGAAAUAUGUAAAUGGUGUUAGUAUUAGGCAGAACAUCAAUGUACUGGCUCAUAUAGAUAUGCUAAAUUAUCUCUGAA